AAGCAACUCAUAGUGGGUAGGCGUGAACAAAAUGCCCCUCAUUUGUUUCCUUCUACCUUUUCUUCUCAUCCUUCUGUGACCUAUACAAUCCCACCCUUAAGCUGAACACACACACUCUUAGAGUCAAAACUUCUGUAAUCAUUUUGGAAACUCCCUCUUGCUCUGAUCUCUUUGUUCUGUUAGUAAAUGUCCAAAUUAAUUUAUUGUUGUUUCAUGCCCAAAGCUUGUGAUGCCAAUUCAAAAUUCAUAUAGCUUUAGAGCUAGCUAGUAAUGGCAUGUUUGAAUUUAAAUAGAGAUGGGAUCACUGAAAAUAUAGAUGCCAAUUUUAUCAACCAGAAGGUCAAGACAAGAGUAAUAUUGGCUGUACAUGCUAACAUGUUUAAUAGUAGCAGCAAGUCCCAAGGACCUUGCAUUGUAGCCCCUCCUACUCUUAAGAGUAAUCUGAAGAAUAAGACUACAAGUGUAGAGGAAAAUCAUGAUCUGAGAAAUGGGAGAAAGGUUAGUUGGCCUGAUAUUGCUCAUGGAAAAGAUCUUGCUCAGGUUCAAGUGUAUGAGUACUGCUCAAGUGUAUUGGAAGAGGGAGAGUCUGAGGGAGGGAGGAAUUCUUGCACUUGUGCUAUUCAAUGAAACAAGUUGAGAUGUUAAACUGAAGCACACCAAGGCAGCAGUAGACUGGUGAGCUUGAGACUUAAGGAUCCAAAACACUACACUCAUGAAGGAUGUACAGCGCAGAUUCUACAUGUCUUCAAUGCAUAUUGAGCUUCAAGCAUGUCAUCUGUUCAUCUAAACCUACAAAGAGGGUUUUUUUUUUUUUUUUCGAAUCACAGAAUCAAAGAACUGUUUCAAGACUCCAUACUGUCUAAUGUUGUUUAGUGUUGAAUCUUGUUUUUAUUUAAUCUAAUGUUUGAUCAUGUGGGAUAAUCAGUCCAUGAUGCAAGUUAAUUUGAUCUGUAA